GUCUGCAAAUCAAGAAUUAACUUAUACCUGAGGAAAAAAAAAAAUCAUAAUUACUCCCCUCGCUCACAUGCCUUUUUGUUUUGUGAUCAUAAAUCUCUCUCCCUUCUCUCUUCUCUCUCAGUGACCGUUUGACAGAGACGACGAUGCUUCAGCCGGACGAACCAUGAAAACCGCCGGUUGCCGCCGCCAUUUCUCGCCGGGAAGCUCAUCUUUACCCAUCGUUUUUACCGUUUUGUCCUUCCUUCUCUGUGUUCCCUCUUUUGCCCUCAACACCGACGGCGUUCUCCUCCUAUCUUUCCGGUACUCCGUCGUCGAUGACCCUCUCUCCGUCUUACGGAACUGGAACUACGAUGACGUCACGCCGUGCUCCUGGCAUGGCGUCACGUGCGACAACUCCUCUCACGUGACUGCCCUGUCUCUGCCGAGCUCCUCCCUCUCGGGUUCCAUCCCUUCCGAUCUGGGUACUCUCCCUGCGCUUCAAAGACUCGAUCUUUCCAACAAUUCCAUCAAUGGGUCUUUGCCCGUUGCGCUUUUCAACGCCUCUGAGCUCCGGUUUCUUGAUCUGUCGAAUAACCUGAUCUCCGGCGACUUUCCGGCCAGUUUUGGCGGGCUACAUAACCUUCAGGUGCUGAAUCUCUCGGACAACGCCCUCUCCGGAAUGUUGCCGGAGAGUGUAGCUUCGCUUGGCCACUUAACGGUGGUUUCACUGAGGAACAACUACUUUUCCGGCGAGAUUCCCGGCGGGUUUAGAGCUGUUGAGCUCCUUGAUCUGUCUUCAAAUCUCAUAAACGGCUCUCUCCCCUCGGAUUUUGGAGGCAACCGUAUACGAUAUCUCAAUGUCUCCUACAACCGAAUUUCCGGCGAAAUACCGCCAGGCUUCGCCGAUGAAAUCCCGGCGAACGCCUCCGUCGACCUCUCAUUCAACGACCUCAUAGGUCAAAUCCCUAACUUCCGGGUCUUCGAUAAUCAAGCAUUCAAGUCUUUCCUCGGCAACCCGGGUUUAUGCGGAUCCGCUCCGACCAAAAACCACUGCCAUAAACCCUCUCCCAUUCCUCCGCCGCCGCCGCCGCCGCCGGCCGCGAAUGUCUCUUCCCCGUAUUCUCCUCCCGCCUUAGCUGCCAUCCCGAAGACCAUAGGCUCAAAUCCGGGUCUGAAACCCGGAAUCAUCAUAGGAAUCAUCGUCGGAGAUAUCGGCGGAUUAGCGAUCCUCGGGAUCGUAAUAUUCUAUUUCUACCAGUCAAAGAAGAAGAAAACCAUGGCGGUUACGCUGAAAGGAGAAGUUAACGGCGUCAAAGAUACGUGGUCCACGUCAUCAGACUCAUCCGAUUCCAAAGGCUUCGCGAGAUGGUCAUGCCUAGGGAAAACCGUUCACGUUGACGGUGACGAUGACGAGGAGUCCGUUACAACGGGAUCCGUGUCCGAUGAAGAGAGCCGGUCUCGGCGGCGAGAGGCCGAUCACGACAAGAAAGGGACCCUCGUUAAUCUUGAUUCGGAGAAGGAGCUCGAGCUCGAGACGCUUCUCAAAGCUUCGGCUUACAUUUUGGGAGCCACCGGCUCGAGCAUAAUGUACAAGGCGGUUCUUCACGACGGUACGACCGUGGCGGUUCGACGUAUCGGCGAGUCCGGUUUAGACCGGUUCAGGGAUUUCGAGGCUCAAGUUCGAGCCAUUGCCAAGUUGGUUCAUCUAAACCUGGUUCGCAUCCGGGGAUUUUACUGGAGCGCCGACGAGAAGCUUGUUAUUUACGAUUUUGUCCCUAACGGGAGCCUCGCUAACGCCCGUUACAGGAAAGUGGGCUCAUCUCCUUGUCAUUUACCGUGGGAGGCCCGGCUCAGGAUAGCGAGAGGGAUGGCGCGUGGGCUAACGUACAUCCAUGAGAAGAAGCAUGUUCACGGAAACCUUAAGCCCAGCAACAUCCUUCUGGGCUUCGACAUGGAGCCCAAAAUAUCAGAUUUUGGGCUCGAGAGGGUCUUGGCCGGUGACACCAGCUAUCGAACCGGUGGUUCGGCCCGGAUCUUCGGGAGCAAACGGUCCACGUCAUCUCACGACUUCGGACCGAGCCCGAGCCCGAGCCCAAGCCCGAGCUCUGUCUCGUGCUCGGCGCCUUAUAACGCACCGGAAUCUCUCCGGAACUUGAAGCCUAAUCCGAAAUGGGAUGUGUACUCGUUUGGUGUCAUUCUGCUGGAGCUGUUGACGGGAAAGAUCGUCCAGGUUGACGAUAUGGGGCAGGUGAAUGGGCUUGUGAUCGAUGACAAGGAACGGGCCAUGAGAAUGGUGGAUGGGCCGAUCAGAGGAGAGUUAGAUGGGAAGGAAGAGGCUUUAUUGGGCUGUUUAAAAAUGGGCCUGGCCUGUUCAUCUCCAAUUCCUCAGAGAAGGCCCACCAUGAAAGAGGCCCUGCAACUGCUCGAGAGAUUUCCUUAGCUUCUAAUCACUUAAUAUUUUUGGUCAAAUAGUGAUAUUAUAAUUAAGAGAGAGUUUAGUAACAUAGGGUUUUGACUAAUAGGCUGUGUUUUUGGUGUGUGAUUGUGGAGAGAUGUUGUUAUAUGUGGGUUUGUGAUUUGAUGACAAUAAUUCAUAGCUUAAAGUUUCAGUCUUAUUUGGUUAUUGGAAA